GCUGUCUGCGCCAUGGCGGCGAAGGAGGCGCCGUGGCGGCGGCUGACGGGCUUGUCGUUCGGGAUGUACGCGGCCGCGGAGAUACGGAAGCUGAGUGUAAAAUCUAUAACCAACCCUCUUUUUCUGGAUAAUGCUGGCACUCCAUCACCAAAUGGGUUGUAUGAUUUGUCUUUGGGACCACUUGACAACAAAGAAGUGUGUAGUACAUGUGUGCAGGACUUCAACAACUGCCCAGGUCACCUGGGUCAUAUUGAACUGCCCCUCACUGUCUAUAAUCCUCUGUUUUUUGAUAAAUUAUUCCUUUUGAUGAGAGGUUCUUGUCUGAGCUGUUGCCAUCUGACGUGUCCACGAGCUGCAAUUCAUUUACUGCUUAACCAGCUGAAGCUCCUGGAAGUUGGGUUGCUUCAAGCAGUCCAUGAACUUGAGGCCAUCUUAAGUAGGUUUUUAGAAGAAAAUGCAGGCACAUCUGGUGUAGACGUUGAGGAAGUAUUAAGUUUGCGCACAGAAGAAAUGCUUCAAAAUAACCGACUAAGAGACCAAGGUGCACAUGUUAAAAAUGUCUGCGAGUGUAGAAGUAAACUUAUUUCCCAAUUUUGGAAAUCGCACAUGAGUUCAAAGAGAUGUCCAAAUUGCAAAGCGGGAAGAUCACUUGUCCGAAAAGAGCACAAUAGCAAACUCACUGUGACUUAUCCCACUGUGGUGGUCCAAAAGUCAGGCAAACAGGUGAUCGUGGAGGAAACUGCAACCUUAGAUGAAACACAGCUGGGAAAACGGGGCUACAUGACGCCUACUACUGCUAAACAACACAUUGAAGCUUUAUGGAAAAAUGAAGGAUUUUUCCUUUGCAAGCUUUUUUCUGGCAUGACGGUCACUGGUGAUUCAAGUUUCAAUCCUGAUAUGUUCUUCCUUGAUAAACUUGUUGUUCCACCUUCUAGGUAUCGCCCUGUGAAUUGUGUUGGAGACCAGAUGUUUGCGAAUGGUCAGACAGUGAAUUUGCAAGCUGUUAUGAAGGAUGCCCUCCUGACUCGGAAACUUCUGGCUUUUAUGGCUCAAGAAAAAUGUCAGUCAAUGCAAAUUGAAGAGGGAGACCUCAAGAUGAUGGCAGAGAACCCUUUGGAACCCCUGGAUCGUUCCGUCCUGGUGACGAUCCCAGGGCAGACUACUGCAGACAAGCUUUACAACAUCUGGAUUCGUUUGCAGAGCCAUGUAAAUAUUUUGUUUGACAGUGACAUGGAUAAGUUAAUAUCUGAAAAAUACCCUGGUGUGCGUCAGAUUCUGGAGAAAAAGGGUGGCCUGUUUCGUAAGCAUAUGAUGGGAAAGCGAGUGGAUUACGCUGCUCGGUCAGUCAUUUGUCCUGAUAUGUACAUUCAGACCAAUGAAAUCGGCAUUCCUAUGGUGUUUGCUACCAAAUUGACCUAUCCUCAACCUGUAACUCCCUGGAAUGUCCAAGAAUUGAGGCAAGCUGUUAUAAAUGGUCCCAAUCAGCACCCUGGUGCUUCCAUGGUUAUCAAUGAAGAUGGUUCUCGUACAAUAUUGAACAUAGCCAACCAGACCCAGAGGGAAGCCAUAGCCAACCAACUCCUAACUCCUUCCACAGGGGCACCAAAACCCGGAAUAAAAAUCGUGUGCCGCCAUAUUAAAAACGGAGAUGUCCUUCUGCUGAAUCGGCAGCCUACCCUUCACAGACCCUCCAUCCAAGCUCAUCGAGCACGGAUUCUGCCUGGGGAAAAGGUUCUGAGGCUUCACUAUGCCAACUGCAAAGCCUACAAUGCUGACUUUGAUGGUGAUGAAAUGAACGCUCACUUCCCUCAGAAUGAGCUGGGCCGAGCCGAAGCUUAUGUAUUAGCCUGUACUGAUGAACAGUAUCUCGUUCCUAAGGAUGGGCAACCACUGGCAGGUUUGAUCCAAGAUCACAUGGUCUCCGGUACCACGAUGACCACGCGGGGCUGUUUCUUCAUCCGAGAACAGUAUGUGGAACUAGUGUAUCAAGGGCUGACGGACAAAAAGGGAAAAGUCAAACUUCUCCCUCCAGCCAUUAUAAAACCACAGUGCUUAUGGACAGGAAAGCAGGUUGUUUCUACAUUGCUCAUAAAUGUAAUUCCAGAGGAUCACAUUCCAUUGAAUUUGUCUGGGAAAGCUAAGAUUGAUGGAAAAGCAUGGAUGACUGCGCCUGCCUCUGGAAUUUACAGAUUGGAUUCUGAUUUUAUGUGUGAAUCUCAGGUUCUCAUCAGAAAUGGGGAGUUGCUCUGUGGGGUCUUGGAUAAAGCUCACUAUGGUAGCUCUGCCUAUGGUUUAGUCCAUUGCUGCCAUGAGGUCUAUGGUGGUGAGACCAGUGGAAAGGUUCUGACAGCUCUGGCUCGACUCUUCACUGCCUACUUACAGUUUUACAAGGGAUUUACGAUGGGAGUUGAGGAUAUUUUGGUCAAACGCCAGGCAGACCGCAAGAGGUGCAAGAUCAUUAAAGAAAGUACCCUCUGUGGUACAAAGGCCAUUAAAGCUGCAUUUAACUUGCCCAAAGCCUCGACAUGUGAGGAGGUCCGAAGCAAAUGGCAAGAUGCUCAUCUUCUCAAAGAUCAGAGAGAUUUUAACAUGGUUGAUCUGAAAUUCAAAGAGGAAGUCAGCUAUUGCAGCAAUGAAAUUAACAAGGUGUGUAUGCCUCUUGGACUUCACCGUAGUUUCCCAGAAAAUAAUUUGCAGUUGAUGGUGCAGUCAGGAGCCAAAGGUUCUACUGUGAAUACCAUGCAGAUUUCUUGCUUGCUGGGCCAGAUUGAAUUAGAAGGUCGAAGGCCUCCGUUGAUGCCAUCUGGUAAAUCACUGCCAUGUUUCCAGCCUUACGACUUUUCCCCCAAGUCAGGGGGGUUUGUAGCAAGUAGAUUUCUCACCGGCAUCAAACCUGCAGAGUUCUUCUUCCAUUGUAUGGCGGGUAGAGAAGGUCUAGUGGAUACAGCUGUCAAAACCAGCCGAUCUGGAUACCUUCAAAGGUGUAUCGUAAAACAUUUGGAAGGGCUGAUAGUUCAUUAUGACCUGACAGUGCGAGACAGUGAUGGCAGCGUGGUUCAGUUUCUCUAUGGAGAAGAUGGGCUGGAUAUUCCCAAGACACCCUUCUUGCAACCCAAGCAGUUUCCUUUCAUUGCAGAUAACCACAAGGUCAUAGAGAAAUCUAAACAUUUAAAUGAAGUUCUGCCAAAAAUGGACCCUCAGCAAGCAAAUGCACAGUUCAGAUCUAUCAAGAGAUGGCAAGUCAAGCACCAGCAGCCUUUGAUGAGAAGGGAAGGAGGCUUUUUGCUGUUUUCCCAGAAAAAAAUGGCUGGUAUAAGAGCACAGAUCCCUACAGGAGAACUUGUAAAUGGUCGAGAUCCUGCAACUCUACAGUUGUUAAAGAUGUGGUAUGAACUGAAUGAAAAGAGUCGGUACAAGUAUCAGAAGAAGGCAGCAAAAUGUCCCAACCCUAGCCUUGCCAUCUGGAGGCCAGACAUAUAUUUUGCAUCAGUGUCGGAAACAUUUGAAAAUAAAGUGGAGAAUUUCCUUGAAGCGUGGGAGACUCAGGAAGACCUCAGCUAUAGCAAACCUGAACUUUCUUCUCAGAGAUUAAAGGACUUGCUGCAUUUAAAGUGGCAACAAUCACUCUGUGACCCAGGAGAAGCUGUGGGUCUCCUUGCUGCUCAAAGUAUUGGGGAACCCUCCACACAGAUGACUCUGAACACCUUUCACUUUGCUGGAAGAGGUGAAAUGAACGUUACGCUUGGUAUUCCAAGGUUGCGUGAGAUCCUGAUGGUAGCCAGUGCUAAUAUUAAAACCCCGAUGAUGAGUGUUCCUGUACUUAAUACCAAGAAAGCUCACAAGAAGGUGAAGAGGCUCAAGAAGCAGCUUACCAGAGUGUGCUUAGGCGAGGUGUUACAAAAAGUUGACAUCGGAGAGUCUCUGUGUUUAGAGGGGAUGCUCAGCAAGCAUCGUGUCUACACCAUUAAAUUUAGUUUUUUGCCAUAUGAAUGUUAUCGUGAAGAGAAAUGUUUGAAGCCAAGGGACAUCCUGCAUUAUAUGGAAUCAAGAUUCUUUAAAAUCUUGCUGGAAUCAAUUAAAAAGAAGAGUUCAAAGUUAGCAUCUUACAACACCGUCAGCACUCGAAGAGCACUUCAGAGGGAUUUAGAAGGUGAUGGGGAAGUUGGUGCAUCUCAAGAAAACCAGGAUGACUAUGAAGCUGAAGCGGAGGAUGAAAGGAGACUUCCUAAUGGUGAAACAAGUGAAGGGGAUGCUGAUGCAUCAGAUGCAAAAAGAAAAACGAAGCAAGAAGAGGAGGUUGAUUAUGAGAGUGAUGAUGAUAAAGAGGUGGAUGAGGGUGACAUCCCAGAUCAGGAAGAAGCUGCAUUGCAUGAAGGAAACCCAGAGGCAACUGAAACUCCGGAUGAACCUUAUGCUCCUCCUUCCAGUCAGUGGGCUCAAAGCAAGAGAAAGGGCCCAGAUGAACUGGCACAAAACAGAGUUCAAGCUGUACAGGAGAGUCAUGAUGCUAUAGAGAGCUAUGCAUUCGACAUUGACAACGAAUUGUGGUGUGAGGUUUCACUGAAGCUUCCUCUAACAAAGGAGUACUUUGAUCUUGCUUCGCUGGUAACAACUCUGGCAAACAACGCUGUUAUCCAAGAGACAAAAGGAAUCACACGGUGUCUCUUAAAUGAAACCAGCAGUAAGAAUGGAGAGGUGAUGCUCACUUUACAGACUGAAGGAAUAAACCUCCCGGAGCUCUUCCGAUAUGCUGAUAUUUUUGCUGUGAACAGACUUUAUUGCAACGAUAUUCAUGCAAUUGCCAAUACCUAUGGCAUUGAGGCUGCUUUGAGAGUUCUUGAAAAAGAGAUUAAAGAUGUCUUUGCUGCAUAUGGGAUUGUGGUAGAUCCUCGACAUCUCUCUCUAGUGUCAGACUACAUGUGUUUUGAAGGCGUUUACAAACCACUGAAUCGCUUUGGGAUGCAGUCCAAUUCAUCCCCCUUGCAGCAAAUGACAUUUGAAACAAGCUUCAAGUUUUUGAAGGAAGCAACUAUGCUGGGCUCCCAUGAUGAAUUGCAAUCUCCUUCUGCUUGUCUGGUGGUAGGAAAAGUUGUCAAAGGAGGAACUGGCUUGUUUGAUCUCAAGCAACCUCUUAAAUAGAUCUUUUAAACUGACAUUGCAAGGAAUGUACAUACCGCUGUUGUAUGGAGCUUCUUUGCAUAUUUCCUGAAUGUAAAUAUAACUGGUAAAUGUAAUAAAUAAAUAAAAUAGUUGACUUCUUUUAUUUGAUAAUUACCUGUGCCUUUGGAUCUUUGGGAAUUAUAUUUAAUA